AUGCUGAAUGAUCGAGAGGAAUGUGCAAGAUUCGAGCAAAUAUGUCGCGGAUGGCAGGACCGACUUAUCAAGCUUGGAUAUCCUGAUUUCACAACUACUGACUUUUGCGAAGUGUUUUACAAGUGGAUGACUCCGAUCUGGACAAAUCAGGCAGACAGGAGAAAGAUUUUCGAAGAUUUGAAUGAUGAUAGUGAAGCCAACUACCUCAUCAUAUUCCUGAGAUUGAUUACUGCCGGAUUCUUGAAGGAACACGCGGAUGAUUAUGCCCCAUUCAUUGAAGAUAGCAGUCUUUCUGAUUAUUGCACUACAGAAAUUGAAUCAAUGUGGAAAGAUGCUGACCAUCUCGCUGUUACGGGACUCGUAAAUGCCAUAGGUCAAAGCAUUCGAGUGCAAUACAUGGACCAAAAUGCUGCACCAAAUGGCGGUCUUUAUUACGACUUCCCGCCAGAUCGUACAGAAACACCUCCUUAUAACACUUCUUUAUCGACCAGGUCAUUAUGA